CCUUGUCACAGUCUUCAUCUCCCAAUUGAAUAGUCCUCCUCCAUUAUCAAAGGACUCAAAGCCCCCCGUACAAUUUCAUCGCAAUCCCAAAAUUCACUUCACGCACACAUCCUUAAGCCUUAGCCAUGGCCGGGGAAACCUCUACUCAACCUCCGCCGGCUUCAGCCCUGUCCGAAUGGAAGUAUGAUGUGUUCGUGAGCUUCAGGGGUGAGGACAAGAGGAAGAGCUUCAUGUCCCACCUCUUCCGUGCCUUUGAGCAUGCCGAGAUCAGUUGCUACCAUGACGUCGACUGGGACCAAUGUGGUCGCAUCGUGGGGCCGAUGCUCUUGGAAGCGAUCCGCGUCUCAAGGAUUGCCCUUGUUCUCUUCGCCACCCAUAACUCCAACUCUAGGCGGUGCCUCAACGAGCUCGUCGAGAUAGUGAACUGUGAUGGGCAGCUGUAUAGAGACCACGGCCACAUGGUGGUCCCGAUCUUCUUUGACGUGGAGCCAACGGACGUCCGGAGGCAGCAAGGGGAGGUCGGGAGAGGGUUAGAGAGCAGUGCGGCCGAGCAAGGGGAGGCCAAGGCGGCUGCCUGGCGGGCUGUGGUCGAUGAGGAAGGGAACCGAUCGGGCACCUUUAACCUCCUCCAACUCGUAUAUAUUCAUAUUUUGGGGAUGAAUCAUUGCUCAUUGAGAAAAUUGUGGGGCAAAUCUUUAGCAAGUCUGCCUUUAGGAAUUCACCUUAGUUCAUAAAAGACAAAGUCGGAAUAGAUGACAAUGCGACCGCUGUGAUUUCCUUGUUAGACAUCAGCUCAUCUCACGAUGUGCGCGUCAUCGGUUUAUAUGGGACCAAAGGGAUAGGCAAGACAACCUUGGUAAGACUUGUAUGCAGCCGUGUUUACAGCAAAUUUGAAGGUGUGAGUUUCCUGGAAAACAUCGGAGAUGCAAAAAAAGGAGAUAUUAUUAAGUUCCAGUAGAGGCUCCUCAAUGAUGUCUUGAAGGUAAAACACUUGGCAUUGGACGAGCAAUAUUCGAACCGCAACCUUGGUCUGAUGAGGGAUAAGUUGUGCAACAGGAAGGUACUUCUUGUACUGGAUGACGUGAACGAGAAGAAUAUAGUGACAUUACUUGCGGGUGGAUGAGGAGGAUUGCUUGCUCAUGGAAGUUGAAUCUUAAUGACCACAAAAGAUGAGUCGUUGCUGGAUGAUCUUAAAGUGGACUGCAAGUGCAUGGUCUCAGGACUCGGCGAAACAGAAUCACUCCAGCUCUUCGGUCAUUAUCCGUUCGACGACGAAGAUGGUGACCAAGAAGGUUGUGAAAAAUUGUCCAGGAAUCUUGUUCACUAUGCAGGAGGGCUCCCAUCAGCCAUUAUAACUCUCGGCACUUGGCUUUUCGAGAUGAAGAAAGAUCAAUGGAACAAGUUGUUGCAGCGGUUAGAACGAAAUCCUAUUUUAGACUAUACCGGAGAAUGUUUAGAAAAUGUGGACUCAUUUCUCCAUCCUUCUGAAUCCGUGGUUGGGCCAUGUGGAAAGCAUGGUGGGUCUUCCUUCGACAAUAAAGCUUAUAGUGGCAUAAGGCAGAUGGAGAUUGCCGUGCUCAGGCCGGUUGUUGGAUCUAUCCGCAUCGGCUAUGAUCAUAACGGAUGUCUCGUACGUUCAUGCAGGCAGGGUGAAUCCCAUGAGGGCCAAACUUCUACGGUUAGUUCAUUAGAUACUCUGGCAUUGUUAAUUCCUUUACUCAAGGCAGUGGGAGUUGAUAGAAACAUGUGUCUAUCUAUCUAUAUAUUCGGUAGGUUAUAUAAUUCAUUCCGGAUUUUUAUAUCAUAUACGUCCUGUGGACUAUAUAAUUGGUUUAGGAAACUAAUGUUAUUUUUAACGCAACUUCUACAAUUUUGACUACGUGGCUAAAGUUUGAAAUUGGAAAUACCCAAGAUAGCAUUGAG